GUCGGCGCCGGAACCGGCAAGUCCCUGAGCGGCGAGGGUGAGGAUGUGCCCCCUGAGCCCGCCUUCGACCCGGCCAAUGAGGUUGGUGUGACCGAGCCCUUCGGGUACUUUGACCCCGCCGGAUUCUGCAAGAAGGGGGACAAGGCAGGGUUUCGCAACUUGCGGGCCGCUGAGAUCAAGCAUGGCAGAGUGGCUAUGAUGGCUGCCGUGGGCGCCGUCUUCCAGCACUACGUGAAAUUCCCGGGCUUCGAGAACGUGCCGUCCGGCCUGGCAGCGGUGGAGGUAGCUCCGGGCACCUACGGCUUUGCUGCGCUGUUCGCAGUGGCCGGCCUGUUGGAGCUGGGUGCAUGGACGGAGGAUCCCUCCAAGGAGCCAGGCAACUUCGGUGACCCCGCUGGCUUGAACCAGUACACCCUGGAGAUGCGCAACCGCGAGAUCAACAAUGGCAGAUUCGCCAUGUUUGCUGCCAUCGGCAUCAUUGCCGCCAAUGUUUACACUGGCAAAGAUGCCAUUGAACA